AUGGCGUUUAGCACUUAUUCUCCCCUUCUGAACAACGCAAGUAUGCGUGCAGUCGUCUAUGAGGGCAUUCCUUUCCAGAUGACUGUACAGGAUGUCCCGGUGCCAACCAUUCUCAAUGAAACUGAUGCCAUUGUCCGCAUCACCACUUCUGCCCUGUGCGGCUCGGACCUCCACGUGUACCAUGGUGUAUCCGGCGCGGGUACUCCUCCCUGGGUCAUGGGCCAUGAAGCUAUUGGCUAUGUGGCAGAGAUCGGCUCAGCCGUAGCGUCCCUUUCAGUCGGUGACUACGUUAUCAUUGCCGAUACACCAUCCACGGGACACCUUACGAUGGAACCAACAGCGACCAGUUUCUACGGCGUUGGGAAUGGAUUGGAUGGUCUGCAAGCUGAAUUUGCACGCGUACCAUUUGCCGACCUCAGUCUUGUCCCAUUGCCAAUCACCAGCAACACCACAACUCGGGCUUUGGAGCAGGAUUAUCUAACUAUCGGGGAUAUCUUCAGCACGGCAUGGAUAGCAUUAGACUACGCUGGUUUCGAGCCUGGCGACACUGUGGCCGUCUUUGGCGCUGGGCCAGUCGGUCUUUUGACAGUCUAUAGUGCAUUCCUACGUGGCGCAUCGCGAGUUUAUUGUAUCGACCAUGUAACGAUGCGUCUCGACCGGGCAGCUUCCAUUGGUGCCGUUCCCAUCAAUUUCGCCGAAACAGACCCGGUGGCCCAGAUUCUUGCCUCUGAGCCCAACGGCGUGAUGCGGUCUAUUGAUUGUGUGGGCAUCGAGGCAGUCAAUGCUGAUCUCGAACCUGAUGAGGGCAUCAUUGUUCGACAAAUGAUUAGUCUAACACAUUUUGGUGGCGGAAUCGGGCAAGUAGGCAUUUGGCGAGCGCAAGAUAGCUCGGCAGGGGCGCCGCUCGGGAGUUCAUUGUCUCCAAACUUGACAUUUCCUCUUUCGUCUAUUUUCAGCAAACAGCUCAGCUGGAAGAGUGGACCAGUCGACCCGAAGCCAAUAUCACCGUAUCUUGUGGAUCUGAUUCAUAGCGGCAAGGCCCAACCAAACUUCAUUACUUCUGCCGAGAUUAGCAUCGAGGAGGUGCCAGAAUAUUAUCAGCGAUUCAGUGAUCAUGAGGAGAUCAAGGUGUAUAUUCAUUUCCCCUAA